UACCUCAGUGGGCAGCAAAAGAAGGACCGCCAGUGGCACAGUGAGCAGUGUGGUUUGGUGCUUCGCGAAAGAUACCCGCCAGUGAUUGUUGUGACUGAACAGUUGAGAUUUGGCGGCAAUUUUUGACAAAUCCACGACAAUGUCUCGACGUCUAACCAAACGAUACCUGACCGCUGCCGACGAGUACAAAUGCCCGCUGUCCGAAGACACGCAGGCGAUCGCCUCGGACCAGCUUCGGGAGACCCACAACUCCAGAUCCCAAGCGCUUACAGCCUUGAGGAGCUGGAUGGAGCAGAACCCCAAGUUCAUGGCUGUGAGGAUGGAUUCAAGUUUCCUCCUCCGUUUCCUCCGAGCGAAGAAAUUCAGUGUGCCGAUGGCUCAAGAGGCCAUUGAGAGGUACAUCCUGCUGCGCCAGUCCUGGGGCAUCGCCUUCAACCAGCUCGACUACAAACUGCCAGUCAUGAUGGAGCUUAUCGACCUGGGGUACAUUUUUGUCAGUCCCUUCAAGGACGCCGGCGGUCGUCGUGUUGUCAUAUACAGGCCUGGCGUUUUCGACCCUUACAAAUACACGAACCAAGACAUGUGCCGGGUGAUGGGCAUCUGUUACGAGACGCUGCUCGAGGACGAGGAAUCGCAGGUGCGCGGGCUGGUCCACUACGCGGACGGCAGCGGCGUCAGCUUCCCACACCUCACGUUGUUCACGCCCAAGGAGGCUGUCAGGAUCGUGAAGAAUGGAGAGCGUACCCUCCCAAUGAGACAUAAAGAGAUCUACGGCGUGAACGUACACCCGACAGUCAAGUUCGCGCUCGACUUCGGCAUGGCGCUCAUCUCAGACAAAAUCCGCAAGCGCGUUCGUCUGUACAGCUCCCCUGCUGACGUGGAGAUCGACAAGAAACUGUUGCCACAGGAGUACGGCGGUGUUAUGCCUAUGAAGGAGAUGAUCGAACUGUGGAAGGAGGAGCUAGCCAGCAAACGCGACACGCUGCUUCUGAACGACAAAAUGGCGGUCCGCCUUGAAAUGUACAGCGAAGCGGCGCGAGAGGGCGCCAUUUCCGCGCUGCGCGCCGGCGCCAACACGUGCGCGGGCGCAGACGCGGUCGGCGACGCCAUGCGCGGCCUCACCGGCAACUUUAGGAAGCUAGAAGUCGAUUGAGACCCACCAGACUGUUGUUGUUAACUCUAGAUAUAACUGAUGGAAAGCCCGACCAGAAUGUAUAGCACCAAGAAUAUGCGCCACAAAAUAUUGCAUUGUUAUUUGAAACAAAUAAGGUCACUCACCAAGACUCUUCUGGUCAUGUUUUCAUGAACUGAGCCUGUAGACGCUAAUUUUAAAAUUAAUUAUUAAGCUUAAAUUAGGAAUUAUUGUACAAAUU